AGAAAACAUAAAACUGGAAUUAAUUCUGCAGAAAGAGUGAGCAGUAGAUAUGAGAGACGUUCUGGAACUGAUUAUGAACCAUAUUCCAGUUCUGGUGAAAGUCAUUAUCAAUCUUUUGAGCAAACUUCUGAAAGCAUGCGAACUCCAAGUAGGCCAUGCUCUUCUGAUAUAGAAGGACUGAUGGUGGGUGUAGCUGGAACAACUGGCUCUUCAGAAUAUGAAUCAGCAAUUUCACAUGAAGCAUCUGCACAGUCAGGAACAUCUCAUGAAUUUCACACAGCAGUAAGCUCUUUGAGUUCAAGAGAAUCAAUGAAAUCCCUUGAUUCUGAAAGCUCAGGUAAUCUAGCAAGUGUUGAAAUUUCUAGUGAAGCUUCUGAAACUCUCGUACCUUCAGCAAUGGAACUUGAAAGAGAUAUGGAAGGGGUAACAGGGCCAGUCAGUGACUAUUACUCUCCACCCAGCCGAAGAUUCACUGAACCUUAUGAAAUGGAUAUUCCACAUCAUGUCAUACGAGGAGAAUCACCACAUAACAUUCGUAGUAUGUCUGAUGAAAAGGACUCUGCCAGCUUUGAUAAUUCUGCUGAUGAUCUAAUUUCAGAAGAGGAUAUAGAAUUAGAGAAAGAUAAAAUUGAUGAUGGUAUACCAACAAAAAUGAAAAGAUCUCAUGAGAUGAUAUUCCAACCAGAUUUACGACCUGCUUCUGAUAGUCCUGUCACUGAGAUAACAGAUGAUAAACUAGCAUCCAGUCUUGAAGAAGCAACAAGUGUAAUCAGUAGUAUGUCAAGUGUCUCUGACAAUGCAGUAAAAACAGUUUUGGAAAUAUCAAGAACCGAAUCAGAUAGGAUGGAUGGAUCAGUGACAUCGGAUCAGUUGAGUCUGACUGUUUCAGGCACUUCAGAGCAGCUUAGUUUGUCAUCUGAGUCACAUGAGGAGCCCAUACUACAAAAAAUAAAUAGAAUAGAGUCAUCAACAUCUACUCAGCCCACCACUUAUACUGAUAGUGUGUCUUCUGUAACAAUAACAACAUCAAUGAUAAAAGAACAAGGAAUUCAAAGUGUAUGCACACAAGUUACCUCUCAGUCAGAAACAAGUAAGUCAGCGUCUGAAGAUGUCAUACAAACUGUUUGUCAUACCAAUGGUCCUUCUGCUGUCCAAUACAAAACCGAAUAUGAUGAAAUCAAAGAACCAAGAAAGAAACCUGGUCAUCGUAGGAAUGAGAGUACAACUUUCAAACCAUCCAUGAUUCCAGUUCUCAGCAAGAAGAGUGAUUCAAAGUCUCCAAAAUCAGUAGAGGGAAUAUUAAGCGGUUAUACCAUUGAAGACACUGCUGAAAGUGAUAAAUAUGGAAUUUUAUCAAAUCUUACAACUAAGGAGGGGCGAAAUGAUGAGAAAAAAGAUAUUGAUGAGUCUGAAAAAUUGGAAGAAGAAUCCUAUCAGACAGAAGCUGAUCAGGGCUUCCAUCGUGAAAUGAGGGAGGCUCGUCUUACAAUGGACGAUUCAGCUUUUUGUGCUGGAGAUGAGCAUGAGGAGACAAAAGAGUCUCCUGCUAGUCGUCCACAAUCACAAGUCAGUAAAUCAGACUCAGAAGGAGGGCAAAGACAUAUGUCUUCAGAAAUAUCUGAUGAUAGACCAGACUCUGAAUUGAUUGAACUCAUGAAACAAUGUUCAUCAGAUACUAAUAUUGAUGAUCCCAUAGAAAGACCACGGACACCUGAGCCACCUGAAGAGCCUGAAAUCAAGGAUGAUACACCUGAAUUCUCAUCAGAAGCUCAAGCAUCUAUAACUGAACUUGAACUUGAAUAUUGUGGGGCCUUCAGUCGAUCUAUUGAAUAUGAAGCACAUGUGAGUCCAAUACAUGAAAAGCCAUACAUAUCAUUUGAAGCCCAGGAUCAUCAGGAUGAUAUGGCAGAGGCUGAAGCUGCAUUCCACAUGGUCCCACAUAUCUCUCCAACAAUUCCCUCUGUCUUACCAGCCACCAUCCCAGAAGACCCUAUAGCUGAAAAGCAUGAGCUUGAAACACGUGAGAUGGCUCUAAAAGAAGAAAUGAGGCGCAGAUCCAUCCUUGCUGAAGCCACAUCACCAGGAUCAAUACCAGACAUCACAGUCACACAACAUAUGGCACCACUAGUUGACAGGGAGUUCCACUAUCCUGACCUGGAGUUAGAAGCAGAAGAAGUAGCAGCUACAGGUUCAAAGGAAGAGUCCACUCCAGAUACUCCUGCAUCAUUAUCCAGUAAAGCAUCCACCGAAAGUGAAGCUGAUCAAGGGCGUGAAUACAUCAUAGAUGAACCAGAUGGUGAAGAUUAUAUUGCUGAAGAACCAGACACUGCUGAAUUAUCUAUGACAACUGAGGAUAAAACUGAAAUGGAAACUAAACAUGAGACAAUGAUUGAGAGGGACUCUGCAACAAAUUCUCCUGGAAGUGAUUCUUUUGAACUUUUGGAGAAACCUGACUUAGCUGAUGAUUUUGUCAUAAUAGAAGAAGUAGGGAAAGAAGCACAAGAGCAAGAUGUUGAGGGGAAAAGUGUUAGAAUUGGACCAAGAAGGAUUAUCAAAAAAUCAAUUCCUGAUGAUGAAGUUAAAUCUCCUCCUGCACCAGCAACAAAAAUGACUGAUCUGAAAUACUACCCACCUGUGAAAGAUGAUCUUGGCCCAUUCCCAUUUGAAUCUGAGAGUCCUCCCACUGGAGAUGAUGUGCAGCAGAGUGCAGAAUCUGAAGAAGGAUCCCCACCAUCUGAUGAGGUUCAAACCUAUGAAAAUGAAGUUGAAGCAGGAAAGAAGUGGAUUGAAAUGCAAUUUCAAGGGGAGCAAGCUGCAGCAGUAUAUGGAUAUGAGUUUGAGCAUGGACCUUUGGAAGACAUCAAAGAGGAGGAAGCCACUGAUUUUGAAAGCAGCAGUAAGAUUGGUAGUGUUGGCAGUCAAGUGAGUCAUUCUGUGGGCAGCUUUGGAAGUGUGAAAGAAUCUCUGAGCAGCACACCAGAUUAUGAUGUUCUAGCUGGAAGGAAAUAUUUUACUAGAUCAGGAGAGCAUGAUGAUGUAUCAAUGAGCUCUUUGCAAGAAUUUGAGAGAAUAGAACAUAUGAUUGCUUUGGAAUCAACAAAAAAUAAAUCAUUAGGCUCACAAGACUCUUUGAGUGGUAGCGGUGGCAGUAGUAGGAAGCAUGGCACUAACAGAAGUGGAGGAGAUGACAUUUCCCUCUCUUCACUCAAGGAAUUUGAAGGACUAGAAAUGGCUUGCAUAGCUGCUGAAAAAAUUGAAAGUAAAGCAAAAGAAGAAGAAGCUCUGCUUUCUGAGAUUGAAGAAGGGCAUGAAAGUCAAGCUUCUGAGUCAGAAAGCUGUGAAACAAUCUCAGCUGGUGGUAUAAAAGGAGGAGACUCUGAUUCAGAUGACUAUGAGAAAAGAAUGUUCGAAAUCGAUGAAAUAAUCAAGCAGGCGCAAACCAAUGUUGAACGCUUUACAGAUCUCAAAGAUGCAACAGAAGUCAGUUUUCUUGAUAAAACAGAAAGUGUAGGUCGAGGUGAUUCCUUGGAAGAAGUUGCUAAAGUUCCUGAUCUUGAUCUAGAUCAACCUCUACACUCAGCAUCUUCAGCUUCUAAAGCAUAUGAUAGUAGUAGUUAUACCAAGCACUGGGUUGAUGAGAAUAGGCAAACAACAGAUUCUUUGGAAAGAGUAGAAAAGUUGAAAAUUGAACCUGACCAAUUCACAAUCAGCACUGAUUCUCUAGAUAUGAAAACAGGUGAUAAAACAUCAGCUGACGCCAUGUCAGCCAGCACAGAUUCAAUAGAAUAUCAACUUCAGCAGAAAAAAUCCAAAGGUAGGAGUGAAAUUAUGACUGAUUCUAUUGAACUAUCCAAUAAAUCAAACAUCAUGAGUGACUCUCUUGAUUUAGACACUGUCAAACAUACCGAUUCAAUAGAAGAUGAUGAUGAAGCGUGUGGAAACGCUGCUGGUGUACAUGAUCAGAGCAGCUCUAGUGGGAGGGAAGGAGAUCUGAGCUCCUCAGGAAAAGAAGAUAGUGGAGAGAACAACAGGAUACCACCCCCUAGAGCUGAGUUGAUGUUGGGGAGUACUGACUCAUUGGAGCCGACCAGUUCCACUGCCACACAUGCUACUUAUCAUUAUGAGACAGACUCGAUCAUGUCGUCCAGUUUCACAAGUGGAGGAUCUAAUACUAUGGUUUCCAGUACAGAAACUUUGGAUGCCGCUGCAAGAGCUGAAGUUUGGUUUGAGGACGGUAAGCCGUAUGUAACUGAAGUAAUUGAACCGGAAACUGAUGAAGAUUUCUCCCACAUCAUUCACCGCACCGUAGAGCUUCCGCCAGAGAUUCACAAAGUAACAUUCCAAGGCCCCGAUGCUGACAAGGCGUUAAGAGAGUAUGUGGAGAAAUUCGGGCCUGGAGAAGAUAUGUCAGAAACUCAACAUGUAGAUGAGCAUGGAAAUGUGCACAUAAAACGGGUUGUUCAGCGACGAGUUGUCAUCAAACCGGAGCAAAUGAGUGGCGCCGCUGCUGGCCUAUCGGGUCCUGAACUAGAGCAAUACAUAAAACAUCUUUCCGAAGAACAAAUGCUGGGUGAAAUGGAACCACUUGAAGAGCAGACAGGCAUGACAGAGUCAGAUUACUCGCACCUCAUAUCCUCAGCCUCCUCUCCUCCCCAUUCAUCUGAAAGCCAUCAAGAAUACUUUUCCCGUCACAUUGUCUCCCGAUCCUCAGUCUCUACUCCCUCCACUUCCAUCACAACCACCAAAAAAGAGAUAUCUCUUAUCCAACAAAAAGGAGAAAAAUCACCUAGUGGAGAGGUCAAAGCACCAGCUGCCAGCUCCGGAGAACCUGCAGGAACAAGAGAGGGAGAUGAAUCGCCUGAUGAUAAAGUAGCCCCUGACAAUUCCAGCAUCACAGAUAAACUCCUAGCAUCUGGUGCCACAGGAGCUAACACAACCAGUUCAUCAAAAUAAAAGGCGAAUUUUCAGUACAACGUACCUCUUGCUUGAUGAAAAUUAUUGGACUUUGGUACUGCUGAUCUUUGAUUCCUUUUCAUUUAUGAGCUGGUUUGAAAUGUACACAUCAUAUGGAUCAUCUUUAUCAUGUUAAUAUUCCAAGUAAUCUGUUGUUAUUCGAAUAAUAAUAUUAUUCACGUUUUGGAUUUGCUUGGUUUAUUUUAGCUACAAAUUGAUUGUAAUAUGAUGUGUUGAAAAUAAUGUCUUUAUAGUGAUUGAUUGAAAUGGGAAUAUUUCUUAAACUAUAAAAAUAAUGAUAAGAGUAUAUUCUUCAGCUUUCUAGUCAAUAUUAGUUUUAUGAUAAAAAUGUGAAUGUUUCAUUUAUAAAAACAAUAUUAUAGUGUUAGAGUUCACCCUCACUCAUGCUUUUGAAAACUAAACCCAUCUAACUUAUCAUGUAUUAUAUUAUCUAUGUAUUAAAUAUAUAAUACGAAGAUCAGUGAUGAGAAGAAGGCGACUGAUAUAAGUCUUAUUGAAGUAUAAAUAUACAAUAUAUUAAAUCUAUAUAGCCUAUUUCUUUCGAAAUGAGUUAUCCUGAUUAGGCUACUAUAUUGGAACUUAUAAUCAAAUAUACGAUAUUUGAAGAUUGUAUCUUGUUUGGAUAUCUGAAAAUAAUUAUGCUGUUGUAUGUAUUUGAAUGAAAUGAGCCUCCUAACAAGGAAGGUUCCUUGAAUCAGAUGGAACCACUCUUCUGAAACACCAAUUCAAUAUUUCUCUCUUGAUGCCAUAGUUAUGAACUUCACUUUCAUUUCAGUAAUUUUGGUGUUCAGACCUUCAUCAAUUGGAUUGUGAUUGGUACUUUUCAAAUAGAAAAUUUGGGGUUUUUUCGAAGUGAUGAUAUGCGAGCAAGUUGUUUAUAUUUUUGGGCCUGAACGAGAAAUAUAUUUUGAUAAAAGAGAGUAAAUCUAACAAAAAAAAAACAUGUAGGUAG